AUGGAGUUCAUCUACGCCGACAUUACCCGCCUCACUGAAGAGUCUCCUCGAACCACCGCUGUCAUAGUGCUCCUGAGCAUUCUGUUUAUAACUUCCCUGUUGAUAAGGCUAAGGGAACUCCAUCAGAAAUAUGGGCCGGUUAUCCGCGUUGGACCUAAUGAGGUCUCGAUUUCAGACUGGAGGAUGUAUCGACGGAUAUACAACGACAGGCAGACCCUGAAAGAUCCUCGAUUCUACUCUCCAUUCUCAUUCCUAGGACAUGGCAACGUGUUCUCCGUAACUGAUCCGGCGGACCAUUCAGCCCGCCGAGGACUUCAAGCGAAGACUUACUCUCAACGAGAGAUUGCUUCCCACGCUUCGGUCAUUACGGAACGGACGGAUUUGCUCAUCGAUCGCCUUCUGAAGUCGGCCUCAAAAUCUCCAACACAAACUGCAGACGCCUAUGACCUGUUUGGCGCCUGGGGAUUAGAGAUCAUAACCAAAAUAAUGGUCAAUGCAGACCUUCCUGAUGAUCCAAGUCAGAUGAUCCACAUGCUUGAGGCACUUGAGGGGAGCCCACCAACCUUCUUUGCCAACAUAUUGGUGCCCUGGCUGCAGACAUUCAGGCUAAGGACAAAGAUACCGGGUCCUCUGGGCCAUGCCUACAGAGCUUUCGAUGAGUGGGAAUCUUUGACAGCUGGCAUGCUGGAUGGCUUCCAAAGACAAGACCUCGGCUCAGCCGACACAAAGUCAUUUGGUGUAGGUCCUCUACUGGAAGCUAGGAACAAGAAGCUUGACAGGAGAUACACCUUUCGCGAGGCUUUGGAGGAGGCCAUGGGCGUUGUUCUUGCUGGCAGCGGCGUCAGUGCCCACACACUGAUGUAUCUGGUGUACGCUUUGUCGCUUCCCCAGGGACGGCGUGUCCAAGAACGAUUGCGGGAGGAACUCAGGGAAGCCGGUGAUUCGCUUGCAGAACUCACAGCCCUACCCUACCUUUCCGCCGUCAUCAAAGAGACAUACCGAGUUUAUCCGGCCAUCAUGUCUACGCUCCCCCGAAUUCUGGGCCAGCCACUUGAGAUUCUUGAUACCAAUAUCACACUCCCUCCGGGAACGAUUGUCGGAAUGCAGAAUUACCUUCAUCAUCGCGAUCCCGUCCUGUUCCCCCAGCCGGAUGAUUUCAUCCCUGAACGUUGGCUGGAGGGGCAUGAAAUGAGCCGAAAUAUUAACCUUGAAGAUGCCAACGCCGCUUUAACUCCAUACAGUGUUGGCUCUAGGAAUUGCAUGGGUCAAUCACUGGCUAAGACCGAGCUUUACCUUGCCGUCCCACGCUUGGUCCGGCGGCUAGAUUUCAGCUUGAGUAGCAAAAUGGGCAAGGAUGACAUGCACAUGAGGGAUGCAUGGGCCGUCCAGCCGAAAGGACGACGUCUAUUUCUAGAUGUAAAGCCUGUGUAG